AUCUCCUUCCGCAUGCUCGCAACAGCGAAGCAUCACCGAGACUGGCGCCAACAAUUUAAGAUGUAGAAAAAGUGGAUGUGUUGAAGUUAUUCUUAGCGAACAAGAAAAUAAUGAAGUUGAAUGUGAAGGGAUGGAUAGCCGAAUCGACAUGUUCGCACAGAUUCUUGAGGAGCAAUACAGUAUCAAGUUUACCAGCCAUUCUCGGUCGACUCGGGGUCCCGUGAGAACAGUCGGGAGAAUCUCUAGCGGAUCGAAGGGACGACUAAACCCUCGAUCUUUGUUAUUUCAUACUUCGCAAAACCUAAAGGAGAGUCUCCGAGGAGUUACAAAAGCAAUUCUGGAUUUAGAUGGAAACCUGUCAUUUUCGUUAUUUGCUGGACAGAUUAUUGGAGUAGAAGGAACGUUCACAUCUCGAACCGUGAUGCGAGUAUCUAAAAUAUAUGAGCCUCUUCCGUUAUCUCCACUCAAAAUGCCUCUUUCAAGGAUUCUCAGGAGUGAUGACAAGCAAGGCGCUCAAAAGAAAUGUCCGAUGACUAUCGUCAUAUCAGCUGGCCCAUACACAGUUAGCGAUAGUCCAGAUAAUUAUCAGCCAUUUUUUGAAUUCCUGCACAAUAUGAGAAUGGAGAAACCAGAUGUGCUGAUUCUGAUUGGUCCAUUCGUUUCUCAAACGCGAUCGACGCGAAUGUCUCCUCAAGCUAUCUUCUCGGCAUAUAUUUCAAAGCCGCUAGAAGUCUUUUGCUCAAUAUCACCCAAGACAACAGUUAUACUUGUCCCGAGUCUUGAAGAUAAAAUUUAUCAGCCAGCUACAUUUCCACAGGGCGCAAUGACUGCUCGUAGUUUGAAGAUUCCAGAGUCCGUCUAUUCUCUUCCCAAUCCAUGCUAUUUUCAAUUGAGUGAGAUUGGAAUCGGAGUGUGCACAGUAGAUUUACUGGAACAUUUUGUAGCUGAAGAGGUCACAAGAACGCCGAAGAGGGAUAAAACUACACGAUUAGCAAGACAUAUACUUGGUCAGAGAAGCUUCUAUCCCUUCUCACCCACUUCUCAUAUAAACCGAGAUAUCACUAUGACUCCAUUCACGAAGCCAGUCUACAUUAAACAAGCACCCGAUAUACUUAUUCUGCCAUCUAAACAAAGCCAUUAUGCCAAGCUGAUUGAUAACGUGAUGGUCGUCAAUCCGGGACAUCUGACAAAGUCUCAAUCUGCUGGUACAUACGCCAAGAUGACUGUUCAACCGACGAAAGGGGAAGACGUGCAGCAUACAAGCAAAGAAGUACAUAUUGGAAGCAGAAUUCAAGCCUCGAUUGUAAAAUCGACCCAGAUGUUUCGAUGGUAA